AUGGAGGGGCUGCGGCGGGGCCUAUCUCGCUGGAAGCGCUACCACAUCAAGGUGCACCUGGCGGACGAGGCGCUGCUGCUGCCGCUCACUGUGCGGCCGCGGGACACGCUCAGCGACCUGCGCGCCCAGCUCGUGGGCCAGGGAGUGAGCUCCUGGAAGCGCACCUUCUACUAUAACGCGCGGCGGCUGGACGACCACCAGACGGUGCGCGAAGUGCGCCUACAGGACGGCUCGGUGCUGCUGCUCGUCAGCGACCCCAGGUGGCCGGGGGCUGGGGCGGCGACCUGGGAACUGGGGCGGGGGCCUGGGGGCGGGGGUCAGGUGGCCCUGGCUGGAGUUCCGGGUAACCUGGGUUGGAGGACGCGGAACCAUGGCCAAGGGGACCAAAGGUGCUGGCUGAAGGAGCAGGCUGGGAUGGGGAGGGAAAUCUCCUGGGAGCCUUGA